CGAACCGCCUCUGUGUUUUGUUUCUAAACCAGAUAGCUUCGAUCCAUCAUGGCGAUGCAUGCGAAGGCGACUCCACCACAGAUCCCGGACACCCGCCGGGAGCUGGCCGAGCUGGUGAAGAGGAAACAAGAGCUCGCUGAGACAUUGGUGAACUUGGAAAGACAAAUAUAUGCAUUUGAAGGCAGCUACCUAGAAGACACCCAGAUGUAUGGCAACAUCAUCAGAGGAUGGGACCGAUACCUCACCAACCAAAAGAACUCCAAUAGUAAGACUGAUAGAAGGAAUAGGAAAUUCAAGGAAGCCGAGCGUUUAUUCAGCAAGUCAUCCGUCACAUCAGUUGCAGCAGUGUGCGCACUCGGUGGGAUUCCGGAUCACAUGAAUGAAAAACGUGAGGCGGGCAGCGGCACGGAAAGCGACGCCUCUCCGGAUCUCCAGAACCAAGAGAACGAGCCCAGCCAGGAGGACACGGAAGACGUGGACUCGACGUUGCAAGACCUAAAGCCUCAGAAAGCUGCCUCCUCUUCCUCCUCAGGCAGCCAUCACGGGAGCCAUAAGAAGAGGAAGAACAAAAACAGACACAGUCCUUCUGCCAUGUUUGAUUAUGACUUUGAAUUUGACAUGAAGGUUAACAAGAAACCACGAGCUGACUAUUCAACUUAACAAAGAGGACUGGAACACCCGGACACACCUGAGGAGGAUACCUGUAGAGAAACACAAGAUUUCUGGACUUUAUUAACUUUGUAUGCCUUUUUUUUUUUUCGUCAUUUUUUUUUUUCUCCAGUUGUCAUAUUUCAGCCUGUACUGUGUGUAUUGCUUGAAACAUUCCCCCCCCCCCGACACCUACCUUCGGUUGAGGUUAACAUUUUAACCUACCAAGUAAAAAUAUGGUGUUGCAUGUUACUCGAGGCCUGACGAGGCUGCCCCUCCAGUAACACACCAUUUUGUAUAGUGUUAAAAAGAUUGUAUUUAUUAUGUAGUUAAUUUCCAAUUGGAAGAACGUCUUUUUUUUUUUUUUAAGCAUCACAUAGUCGUAUUACCCCCGAAUACCCCGGAUUCUUUUAUUACAUGGUUGUUUUUUGCAAAAAAUAAUAAAAUCCCAGUAACGUGAA